GAUUAGCUGAAGCAUCUUCGAUAAAUUGGCUGUCUUCGGCUGUCAGUUUAUUAGCAGCUUAUCAGCUUAGUUGUCAAGAUGGGUGGCUGUUGGUCAUGUGGCCUGCAGGUCUCACCCAGAGGCAGAACCAAAGAAUGAAGAUGGAGAGGGGGCACUGACAGAUCAUCCCAGAAACCCAACCCAUGUUGCACCAUUUUCUGGGGGACUCCCCAAUGUUUUGGGGGACACUCUGGGGAAAGAGCUCACUGAGGAACCCUCCGUGACAGAACCCCUUCCAGCACCUCGCAUGACCAAUGAGAUCCUGGGGGAAGAGCUCACUGAGGAACCCUCCGUAACAGAACCCCUUCCAGCACCUCAUAUCACCAAUGACAUUCUGGGGGAAGAACUCACUGAGGAACCCUCCAUGCCAGAACCCCUUCUAGCACCUCUUAUCACCAACAAGAUCCUGGGGGAAGCGCUCAUUGAGGAACCCUCUGUGCCAGAACCCCUUCAAGCACCUCGCAUCACCAACAACAUCCUGGGCGAACUGCUCAUUGAGGAAACCUCGAUGCCAGGGCCCCUUCCAGCACCUUGCAUGACCAAUGACCUACUGGGGAAAGUGCUCAUUGAGGCUUCCUCAGUGCCAGGUCCUUCCAUCCUCACAGACACUCCAAAGGAAGCAGCUUCUGUGUCAGAGCCUUUACUAGAGCCUUCCAUUGCUUAUAAUUAUCUUCAGCAAGAAGUAGAACUCCUCAAAGGGUUACAGCAUGACUAUGUCCAGCAGCAACUGAGGGUUCGCCACAUUUCCCAACAGUUCCCUCGUUCUCUCCGGGCCAUCAACCUGCAAAUUGGACACAUGCAGACAAGGCUUGUCCGCAGUGAAGUUCGGCUGCGGCGGUGGGAAAGGGAAGGUGUCCAAGCUCCAGUGCCUGUAAUCCAAGCAGCUUCUCAGAAUGUUCCUGCUGGCCCUGCUGUACUUCUCCAGCCCUCUGGGUCUGAGUUAUCAUUGUCCUCUGCCUCCCUGGAGGUUGCCUCCAUCCCACCCUCCACCUCCACCUCUUCCCUCCUCCUGCAUCCCUCUCCACCUCCUCCUCCUUCCCCACCUCCUCUGGAGCCAGACCUCAGCAAUGUGAAAGAAACUCUGCAGAGUUUGGUAGAGAUGCAGGUCCAUCAGCUGCGUGACCGCCAAAGAGACAUCCGCAGCUGCCAGGAAUGCUUACAAAGCUUCAAGGCACUGAGGGGACAGUUGAGGCGGCUAAGGAGCAGACUGGCCAGGGUGGAAGCCACUAUGGGGAUCGUGGUUCCUUCAAGGGAGCUGGACGUUGCUGAGGAAGAAGGGGAAGGCAAAUUAAAAGAGACAACUGUGCUACUAUUUACAUAAGUAGCAAUAAAAUGCUGUGUAUAUAUUUUUAAAAUAUUAAAUAUUUGUUUUAAUAGGAUGUAGAGAUAGAACAGCAAUAAAACUUGCAUAUUUAUUGUUUUAAAAAUUAAAAUGUUCUAUUUUAA